CUCCCAGCCUCCCUGCCAAACCACUCUCUGUGAGGUUGCAGCCCUGCCACCUACUCACCUGGCAGGGCCCAGGCAUGCAGCCGUGCAGGGUGGAGGCUUGUCGAGUUCUCAGGGACUGGUCACUCGGCAGCUCCAUGUCCAUCUACCCGGAGCAUCUCUGACGCAGGCCUGGGCUUCCUAGGACUGUGGGCUGAGCUGGCGUUGGGGUCCUCUGUCCUGCCAGGGUGAGGGGAUGGGCUGAGUGACAGCAAGCAAGGACCCUGGGGCCACUUUGCCGAGGAGUGUGGUGGGAGGGGCAGGUCUCUGGGCUCCUGGCUGUGGGCCCUGCCUGGCUGCUGGGUGGAGCUCCCCUGUAGCUCCUGGUGGCUCAUGGCCACUGCCUGGAGACAGUCUGGGGUGUUUGGGUCCAGCCCCGCCCAGAGUCACCUUGGAGCUGACUAGAGGAAGAGGGGCCUGGGAUGGGCUUCCUCCUCCUGUCCCCAAGGGUGAGCGUGUGCUCUGCACUCCUGGGGGUGAGGGGACCUUGCUCCCCGGCUGGGACAUCCCCACCUGGAGGUGGAACACAGGGUGCCAGCCUUGACUCGGCACCCACAUCUGUGAAGUGGGGUGAGGAAGGCUUGCCUGGUUAUGUGGGUGAGGGACGCGCUACGGGGAAGUCCCUGCUUCCAGCUGGCUCGGGUGCAGGCCACGCCCACUCGGCAUCCAUAGGCACUCGGAAGCAGUGACUCCCAGAUGAGGGUGUGGUUGGCACCACCUGGGCUGAGCUGUGUUUGAGCCCAGGGCUGGUAGGACGCUGCCCUGGCCCUGCUGGCCCAGCAGCGCUGGGGGCGUUAGGGCCCAGGGGCCACAUCCAAGCUCCACGAGGCCUGUCAGGGAGGCUGGAUGCCUCUGUAAUCUGUGGUUCCGGUUCCGGUUCUGGUUCUGGAGCUGGAAUGGAGCAGUUCCCGCUGCCUGAGGGUCGAGCCUAUCACACACCUGAACCCCUCCUGCUGGCUGGUCACCUGGGCCAGGAGUUGUGACAGCUAGGAUGGAGGCCCCACCCUGCGAGGCCCGCUGGCUCCAGCCCACCCCGUUGGUCUCUGGUCCUGCCCCUCAAGCCCGUUUUCCAAAUAGCCACAAGACACAGCAAACGCCACCUCCAGAGCGCACUGUGUCUCACGUGGGCUGCCUCCCGGCUGUGGGGCAGGCAAGCUCAGCACCAUGGGCUGGCGGCCUGGCUUUGUCUACUCCCCGGGUGGUGCCCAGCGGGAGCCGGAGGCACUUCCGCCUCUUACAGCCCUUCUCUGACCUGCAGGAAAUGGCCAACUCCGUCUACCUGGUCAUGGAGUACUGUAAUGGCGGGGACCUGGCUGACUACCUGCACACCAUGCGGACGCUGAGCGAGGACACCAUCCGGCUGUUCCUGCAGCAGAUCGCCGGCGCCAUGCGGCUGCUGCACAGCAAAGGCAUCAUCCACCGCGACCUGAAGCCCCAGAACAUCCUGCUGUCCAACCCCGGGGGGCGCCGUGCCAACCCCAACAACAUCCGCGUCAAGAUCGCUGACUUCGGGUUCGCGCGCUACCUCCAGAGCAACAUGAUGGCGGCCACGCUCUGCGGCUCCCCCAUGUACAUGGCCCCGGAGGUGAUCAUGUCCCAGCACUACGACGGGAAGGCAGACCUGUGGAGCAUUGGCACCAUCGUUUACCAGUGCCUGACGGGGAAGGCGCCCUUCCAGGCCAGCAGCCCCCAGGACCUCCGCCUGUUCUACGAGAAGAACAAGACGCUGGUCCCCACCAUCCCCCGCGAGACCUCAGCCCCCCUCAGGCAGCUGCUCCUGGCCCUGCUGCAGCGCAACCAUAGAGAACGCAUGGACUUCGAUGAGUUCUUCCGUCACCCUUUCCUCGACGCCAGCGCCUCGGUCAAGAAGUCCCCGCCCGUGCCUGUGCCCUCGUACCCGAGCUCAGGGUCUGGCAGCAGCUCCAGCAGCAGCUCCACCUCCCAUCUGGCUUCCCCACCGUCCCUGGGGGAGAUGCCCCCGCUACAGAAGACGCUCACCUCCCCGGCCGCGGCCGCCGGCUUCCUGCACGGCUCGCGAGAUUCAGGCGGCAGCAGCAAGGACUCCUGCGACACGGACGACUUCGUCAUGGUCCCCGCCCAGUUUCCAGGUGACCUGGUGGCUGAGGCGGCUGGUGCCAAGCCCCUGCCGGACAGCCUGCUGUACAGUGGGAGCUCGCUGGUGGCCUCUGCUGGCCUGGACAGCCACGGCCGGACUCCUUCUCCAUCCCCCCCAUGCAGCAGCACCCCCAGCCCCUCAGGCCGGGCUGGCCCGUUCGCCAGCAGCAGGUGUGGUGCCUCUGUCCCCAUCCCAGUGCCUACUCAGGUGCACAACUACCAGCGCAUCGAGCAGAACCUGCAGUCCCCCACCCAGCACCAGACACCCCGGUCCUCCUCCAGGUCUCCUGCCAUUCGCAGGUCAGGCAGCACCAGCCCUCUGAGCUUGGCCAGGGCCAGCCCCUCGCCCCCAGCCCACGCCGACGGAGCCCUCCUGGCCAGGAAGUUGUCCCUGGGUGGGGGCCGACCCUACACACCGUCUCCGCAAGUCGGAGCCAUCCCUGAGCGGCUGGGCUGGAGCAGGGCUCCCUCCCCACAAGCAGCUGAGAUGCGGACUGGCAGGUCCCCGCGUCCAGGCUCCUCUGCUCCCGAGCACUCGCCCCGCUCCACCGGCCUGGGCUAUCGCCUGCACAGCGCCCCCAACCUGUCUGACCUGCACGUCGUCCGCCCCAAGCUGCCCAAGCCACCCACGGACCCGCUGGGCAUGGCCUUCAGCCCCCCGCAGGCCAGCCCUCCCCAGCCGUCCCACGGUCUGCAGUCCUGCCGGCCCCUGCGCGGCUCGCCCAAGCUGCCCGACUUCCUGCAGAGGAACCCCUUGCCCCCCAUCCUGGGCUCCCCCACCAAGGCCAUGCCCUCCUUCGACUUCCCCAAGACCCCCAGCUCCCAGAACCUGCUGACCCUCCUGGCCCGGCAGGGCGUGGUGAUGACGCCCCCACGGAACCGGACACUGCCCGACCUCUCAGAGGUGGGGCCCUUCCAGGGGCAGCAGCUGGGCCCUGGCCUGCGGCCCACAGAGGAUGCCAGGGGCCCCGUCGGCCGGUCCUUCAGCACCAGCCGCCUCACCGACCUGCUGCUCAGGGCAGCGUUUGGGACGCAGGCCUCGGACUGGGGCAGCACAGACAGCCUGCAGGAGAAGCCCAUGGACACUGCGCCCUCUGCUGGCUUCGGAGGGAACCUGCACCCAGGAGCUCGUGCUGGCGGGGCCAGCAGCCCGGCGCCGGUGGUAUUCACCGUGGGCUCUCCCCCAAGCGGGACCACGCCGCCCCAGGGCCCACGCACUGCAGCCUUCUCAGUGGGCCCUGCCGGCUCCUCCACGCGCCCCCUGGUGGCCGGGGCCUGCGGCGAGGCUGCUCCAGAACUGCCGGCCCCUGGCCACUGCUGCAGCUUUGCCGACCCCAUUGCCGCCAACCUGGAGGGGGCUGUGACCUUUGAAGCCCCUGACCUCCCUGAGGAGACGCUCAUGGAGCAAGAGCACACGGAGAUCCUGCACGGCCUGCGCUUCACACUGGUCUUCGUCCAGCACGUCCUGGAGAUCGCCGCCCUGAAGGGCAGCGCCAGCGAGGCGGCCGGGGCCCCCGAGUUCCAGCUGCAGGAGAGCAUGGUGGCCGACCAGAUCAGCCUGCUGAGCCGCGAGUGGGGCUUUGCAGAGCAGCUGGUGUUGUACCUGAAGGUGGCCGAGCUGUUGUCUGCUGGCCUGCAGACAGCCAUAGACCAGAUCCGGGCCGGCAAGCUCUGCCUGUCGUCUACCGUGAAGCAAGUGGUGCGCAAGCUGAACGCGCUGUACAAGGCCAGCGUGGUGUCCUGCCAGGGCCUGCGCCUGCGGCUGCAGCGCUUCUUCCUGGACAAGCAGCGACUGCUGGACCGCGUCCACAGCAUCACCGCCGAGAAGCUCAUCUUCAGCCACGCCGUGCAGAUGGUGCAGUCGGCCGCCCUGGACGAGAUGUUCCAGCACCGUGAGGGCUGCGUGCCACGCUACCACAAGGCCCUGCUGCUCCUGGAGGGGCUGCAGCAGCUGCUGUCUGACCAGGCCGACAUCGAGAACAUCGCCAAGUGCAAACUGUGCAUCGAGCGGAGACUCUCGGCUCUGCUGACCGGCAUUGGUGCCUGACCACCCGGAGCCCGGCUAGCUCGCCAUGCCCGAGCCCCGCGGGAUGGGCUCCGUGUGCUGGCUGGACCUGCCGGGACAAGCCUGCCGGCCCCAGGGCUGCUGGAUGGUGCUGAGGCCCCCGACGGAGCCAGAGCGGGAGGCUUCCUGGCCAUGGAGGACUGCGAGUGCUCGGAGCGCUGCUUCCCUCUGUGGCCGGACUCCCGGAACCUUCCCGCCAGGCAGGGGCGCCCGGGGGGCAGGUGGGACACGGGGACCCUGCCACCUGCCAAGACCCCCCGGACAGUUCAAGGCCUUGAGACAGCACCGCUGACUCCAUGCCAAAGAGAGCUUGUCCUCACGGCCUCGCUGCCUGGUCGCUCUGCCCCGGGAGAGGGGCUCGGCCUCCUCUUCUCCAGGACCCCCUCCCUCAGAGACCGCCCGCCCGGCUUUGUCAGUCACCCGAGCACUUUAUGCAGAUGGAGACUGGUCCCACCACACGGACCGAGGGGCAGGAUCUGCUGUCUGGCUGCGGCCUUGCGAGGUGUGUGUCUGCUUCCUCACACGCGUGUGCGUGUGCACGCGGCUCCGUGAGCAAGUGCGGUCCUGGCCCGGGUGCGGUGUGCGGCGGCAGACCGGGUGAAGCUCCGAGCUCCCGCCCUGGCCACGGAGGUCGCCAUCUGCCUUCCCCCAGGCCGUGUCUCAUUUUUUUAAGCUGAUUUUUUCUUUAAAGAAGAAAACUUGCAAACAUUUAAGGCAUUGUUUUUGAAAGGCAGGGACAGGGACAGAGUUGGGCCUUGGCCUUACCGUGGGGGCAGACGGUACUGGCUGCGUGUGUGUGUGUGACUGCGUGUAGGUGCGUGUGUGAGGGCGUGACUGUGGCUGUGUGCACCCGCUGUCCUGCCCAGGGGACACAUUAGGCAGGUGGACAGCACUCAUCCCACAUCUGACAUGGUGGACAGGCACAACACACACACCAACAUGCAAGACCCUCCCCCGCCGAGCUCUAGCUGUCAGAUUGGUGUCAAGAUGCCUGCUCGUCACGGGUCACUGCGGACUGGGGGCAGCCUCGCCCCUCCUGCCAUGGCAGGCAGUCCUUGUUGGAGGGGGUGGGGAGAGGCCCCCUCCAGCUCCCAGGACAGGCACAGGCUGGGGCCUGUGUAGCCUCUGUGGCUCAGCUCUGCCUGAAUCUACUUGAAUGUACCCCGGGGAGUCCACAGGAGGCAGACGUGGGUCCGUGGCACCCAGAGCAAGGUGUUCAGAGGUCACAUGACACAGACACAGAUACACGUGUUUUUCUUUGCAAUACUUGAAAUAUCGCCACUGUGCUUGGACUCAGAAGACAGAAUCCCCGUGCCGCGUCUGUGUUGUCACCGCCCGUGACUCCGUCCCUCCCUGCUGCAUGUCCCACGUUAGUAUUUAUUGCUUUGCGGCUGCCGCAGCCCAGCCUCUGAGAAGCUGGCGCCACGGCUGGGCCCCCGCCUGGCAUCCCGGUGUGCCCUGUCCUGUGGCCGCCCUGUGUGCCCCUGUGUGUGCGUGUGUGUGUCCCAAGUGGGACCUGGGGCCCCAGCCGUGAACGCUGCCUGUGGUUGUGUGGCCUGUUCUCCGAGAGACAGUGCGCCGCCCUCCGUCUGUUUUAAAACAUUUUGUGAGUCCCUUUUUUGUUACAUCGUGUGACGUCAGGUUAAAUGGAAAUAAACCUUUGGAAUUGUU